AAAAGUAAAUAAGUUCCCCUUUCAGACCUUGUGAUCUAUAGAGCAGAUGAUGUAAAGGUCAUCUGUUUCUGUAACCCACGGUUAACAAGGGUGUUAUGUGGUCAGCACAAUGACCAACUGCCUUUACUUUUCCCCAACUAAUGUUAGUUACUUAUUAGAGCUGGAUGGACUCAGAGACACCCAAAUAUCCUGAAGCUAAAAUAACCAGUCUUUGACAGGAAUCUAACCUGCGACCUCAGUUUGGAAGUCAAGCGCUUUACGGCUCAGCCACCACGCCUCCAAAUCUGUAUUAUUUAGAGUUAAAAGUUUGUAACUGAAUUCCUGAGAUAGUUCUUCAAAUUUGCGAAGGAUAAUCACAAACUCAGUUUGUUCUUGAUCUGAAAAUGCUUGCAUGCAUCCAUAUGUUGAUAUAAAGUGAGAGGCAUAAUUUUGGGUCUAACUUUUGGCAAAUUUUUUUUAGCUCUAGUUAAGUUGUCAUGGUAAUGAUUGCCAAAUCAUUAAAUUAAACAUUUCAGACCUAUUAAGGAUUGAGGAAAGCUCAUGAAAUUGUCAUUUCACUGUAGAAUUUGUUUUCAAUUUAUAAAAUCGAUCUGUUUAUUACUUGGCAGCUUCAAAAUAUUUUGUUCCAUAAGUGAAAAUGCAAGGUUCUUUUUCUUCAGCAAAAUCAUUUAAAUAUCAAAGGCCUCUGUAAUAAUUAGAUUUUUUUUCUAUGUAUUCUGUAUAAUUGGUUUGAUCAUCAACACAUUCGCUUUGUUUUUUAAAUGUGGCACUUGACUCAAAUCCUUGUUUUUGAGAUGUCAACAUUUUUUACUUCAUUAUGAAUCCUCUGAUAUCAUUUACUAAGUUAGGAAAAAAUGUUUCCUUGCCCUGCAAUGUUGUUGAGAUGGCUCUUUACAUGAACUAAAAAUGUUAAUCGAUACAUUUAUGUUUCAUCCCACAGACUACUCCAUCCUCAAGUAGCUUAUCCUUUUCUUCUAGAAAAUCAUGCUCAAUAUUUUUCUGUUUCCAAAAUCUUCUAAGACUUUGCCUUCUAGAAUUUAAUUUGAGUAAUACCUUUAGUAAAAUCAUUACAUUUAGAGACUCUUUGGAAUAGAAGACUAAAAAAGUAAAGUAGCAAUUAUACAUAAAACACUGAACCAUAAUUCUCCAAUCAAAUUUGAAUUUUCAUUUGUUAUGACUCUCACUGCUAUUUUUUUAUGUCGGUUCUAGUUUUAUAAUAUUGUCCGUAUUAACUACUAACUUAAGCUAAACUUCACUACUAGAAUCUAGAUCAACUAGAUAACUACACCAGUAGUCUGAGCAAUAGAUCCCGAAAAAUUAUAGUUCUAGACCAGUGUUUCCCAAAUUUUUUCCUUAACUGAACACUUCGCACAUUCUGAGUAUUUCAUAUUUUUUUAGAGAGACUGAUUCACGUAGUAGCCUGCUAGUUAAUUAUUCCACUAGUUCAUGGAACACCUAUUCAGGCCACGUGGAACACUGAGAUUCAGCAAAACACAGUUUGGGAAACAUUGUUCUAGACUACAGACUGGGUGUGGCCAAAUAAUGGCACAUGCACCAAAAGUUGUAUCUUAUCCUAUCUGAUCUUAUCUUAUCUGAUACUCUAUUGUAAAGGAAGCAACUUCUUUAAAAUUAAACACUUACAUUGGACAUUAUUUUCAUUUGCAAUGGCAACUUCAACUGGCCCAAUUUACUACUUACUCUCCUUGCGCAAUGCACAAAAAGGUUCAUUAGAACGGCUUGAACAGUUUACACAAUUUUUAGAGUUAACAUUCAGUCAGAGAAUUAUUUAGAAGAUUUUAAUAGAUGUAAUAAUGGUGCCAUGGACCCAAACAUUUCAACCAACCAAUACAACAGUAAUAACAGCUGGGACUUGAAAGAUGUUAUUGUUCAAGAAUCACAAGUUUAUGGAUUGAAAAAAACAGAUGAAGAUGCUGAAUACUCAAGUGAUCCAAAUGGCUUCUGUGAAGCAGCUCAAGUCCCUACUUUGGCAUCAAGAUUAGACCACCUUGAUGAAAUUAAAGUUCAUCAACAUUUGGAUGUCAUAGAAGUUUGUCUUGGCUGGGAGCGCAAUAACAGAUACAGUUUGUACAAUAAAGAUAGAGAACAAAUUUUAUAUGUCUAUGAAUCUGCACAGUGUGUAGCUCGACAGUGCUAUGGAUCCUUACGUGAAUUCACUUUGAUUGUCACUGACAAUGAUGAUAAUCAUUUAUUGUACUUGCAACGACCAUUAAGGUGUUCAACCAGAUGCUUCUAUGCUUGUUGUUGUCUUCAAGAGUUGGCAAUACUAAGCCCUCAGGAAAAAAAAGAGUCCUUAGCUGUUAUUUUGGAAAGAUGGACCCUGAUGGUACCUCAGUAUGAUGUCCAUGAUCCUCUGGGUUCAGUUAAGUUUACCUUGCAAGGAGAUUGUUGCCAUUAUCGUUGUUGCUGUAAUAUACAUUUUACUGUCAAAAGUCCUAGUGGUUAUGAAAUGGCCACUGUAUGUAAGACCUGGUGUGGAUGUAGAGAUGUAAUAGGAGCAAGGAAUGACUUCAUAAUUACAUAUUUAGACGGUGUAACCAGAGAAGAUAAAGUUCUUAUAUUGGGAGCUGCAUUUCUUCUUGAUUUCAACUAUUUUGAAAGACAUGGAAAAUGUUUUUAGAACAUGUAUAACAGAUGCCAGUUGCUGUUCCUGAGAAAAUGUAAGAUAGUAACACAACUUUUAAAGAAAUUUAAAUAUCAACUCAACUAAAGGACCAAUAAUUGCAAUAUUGAUUCAGUUUAAAACAUUUUUAGUAACUGUUUAUGUGCUUGUGAUAAUUCCAUUGUGUGGUGCAUUUGUCUCUAUAAUUUUAAUUGCCUGGUUAAUUUAAAUUGUUUGUAACACUAUUCUGGAUUUGUGCUUUGAAGAUCCCAAAGAAUCAUAUUACCUUUUGUAGAUUUGUCUUAUAGUGUGAGUUUUAGCCAAUUGAUAUUAUGUGUUCUUUGCAUAAAUAUUCCUCAACUGGUUAGAGCAAAAUAUGGAAACUUACUUUUUAAACACAAGACAGACAAUAAUUUUUUUAAAGAAUGAUAUAUCUCUAGUAAAGGAUUUAGAUGAAUUUAGUGUAAUGUGUCAAAAGUGCUGUGAAAUAAAUAGGGUGGCCUAUAUUUGUUAAAAAAAACUGCUUUAUUUAGUAUGUGACUUUUAAUAUACCAAACAGAAAAGACAAAAUUUUUUUAAUGAAUCAAUGUUUUGUUUUUCUUCCAUUUAAUUUCUUCCAAUACACCUAUACAUUGGUUCUUAUUAUUGUUCAGCAUUUAUAGUUAUUACAUUCUUUGUACAUAGUGCACAGACUGAAGGCCUUUAAGUAUUUAGUAUACAAGGUUUGAAGACUGUGCCUUAGACACUGAUGCCUUUAAUGUAUAACACAGUUUUGCUAUGUAUUUAAUAAAUAUCCAUUUUGACUAAUGCUGAAUGGAAUAGUGUGAAAUCUGUUCUUUCUAUCGUUACUAAAUGGUUUCAAUUGAUUAUUUGCUUACAUAUUAUUGAUGUAAUAUUUUGUAAUAAUCAACAUGCAUAUUUAUUUAGAAAAGA